AUGAUGGCUGUGGAGGGGUCAACCAUUACCAGCCGGAUCAAGAACCUUCUGCGAUCUCCGUCCAUCAAAUUACGCAGGAGUAAGGCAGGAAACCGGCGAGAGGACCUCAGCUCCAAGGUGACCUUGGAGAAGGUGCUUGGAAUUACAGUGUCUGGAGGCAGAGGACUUGCCUGUGACCCCCGAUCGGGUUUAGUUGCCUAUCCAGCUGGGUGUGUGGUCGUGCUGUUCAAUCCCCGGAAACACAAACAGCACCACAUCCUUAACAGUUCCAGGAAAACCAUCACUGCCCUUGCCUUCUCUCCUGAUGGCAAGUACUUGGUCACUGGAGAGAGUGGGCACAUGCCUGCCGUGCGCGUUUGGGAUGUGGCAGAGCACAGCCAGGUGGCUGAGCUGCAGGAGCACAAGUAUGGCGUGGCUUGUGUGGCCUUCUCCCCGAGCGCCAAGUACAUCGUCUCUGUGGGCUACCAGCAUGACAUGAUCGUCAAUGUCUGGGCCUGGAAGAAAAACAUCGUGGUGGCCUCCAAUAAGGUGUCCAGUCGGGUCACCGCGGUGUCCUUCUCUGAAGAUUGCAGCUACUUUGUCACUGCUGGUAACCGGCAUAUCAAAUUCUGGUACCUUGAUGACAGCAAGACCUCAAAGGUUAACGCCACCGUGCCCCUGCUGGGCCGCUCAGGGCUGCUGGGCGAGCUGCGGAACAACCUGUUCACUGACGUGGCCUGUGGCAGAGGGAAGAAGGCAGACAGCACCUUCUGCAUCACGUCCUCAGGGCUGCUGUGCGAGUUCAGUGACCGGAGGCUUCUGGACAAGUGGGUGGAGCUGAGAAACACAGACAGCUUCACAACCACCGUGGCCCACUGCAUCUCCGUGAGCCAGGACUACAUCUUCUGUGGCUGCGCUGAUGGCACCGUGCGCCUCUUCAACCCCUCCAACCUGCACUUCCUCAGCACCCUGCCCCGGCCCCACGCCCUGGGGACAGACAUCGCCAGUGUCACGGAGGCCAGUCGCCUCUUCUCUGGAGCGGCCAAUGCCAGAUAUCCAGACACUAUCGCCUUGACCUUCGAUCCUACUAAUCAGUGGCUGUCUUGUGUGUACAACGACCACAGCAUUUAUGUUUGGGAUGUGAGGGACCCCAAGAAAGUGGGCAAGGUGUAUUCAGCUCUGUAUCAUUCUUCCUGCGUCUGGAGUGUGGAGGUCUACCCCGAAGUGAAGGACAGUAACCAGGCCUGCCUGCCCCCUAGUUCCUUUAUCACCUGUUCCUCCGACAACACCAUCCGCCUGUGGAACACAGAGAGCUCCGGGGUGCAUGGCUCCACGCUGCACCGGAACAUCCUCAGCAAUGACCUCAUUAAGAUCAUCUAUGUGGAUGGGAACACUCAGGCCCUGCUGGACACUGAGCUGCCCGGGGGAGACAAAGCUGAUGGGUCCCUGAUGGAUCCCCGCGUGGGCAUUCGUUCUGUGUGUAUCAGCCCCAAUGGACAGCAUCUCGCUUCAGGGGACCGUGUGGGCACUCUCAGGGUGCAUGAACUGCAGUCCCUAAAUGAGAUGCUGAAGGUGGAGGCCCAUGACUCGGAAAUCCUGUGCCUGGAGUACUCUAAGCCGAAUACAGGUCUGAAGCUCCUAGCGUCAGCAAGCCGGGACCGGCUGAUCCACGUGUUGGAUGCUGGACGGGAGUACAGCCUACAGCAGACACUGGACGAGCAUUCAUCCUCCAUCACUGCUGUGAAGUUUGCAGCCAGCGAUGGGCAAGUCCGCAUGAUCAGCUGUGGAGCAGACAAGAGCAUCUACUUCCGCACUGCGCAGAAGUCUGGAGAUGGAGUGCAGUUUACGCGGACACACCACGUGGUGCGGAAGACGACCCUCUACGACAUGGAUGUGGAGCCCAGCUGGAAGUACACAGCCAUCGGCUGCCAGGAUCGGAAUAUUCGGAUCUUUAACAUCAGCAGUGGGAAGCAGAAGAAACUGUUCAAAGGGUCGCAGGGUGAGGAUGGCACUCUGAUUAAGGUGCAGACGGACCCCUCAGGGAUCUACAUCGCUACCAGCUGCUCCGACAAGAACCUCUCCAUUUUUGACUUUUCCUCAGGCGAGUGCGUGGCUACCAUGUUUGGCCACUCAGAGAUUGUCACUGGCAUGAAGUUUAGUAAUGACUGCAAACAUCUCAUCUCUGUAUCAGGGGACAGCUGCAUAUUUGUGUGGCGCCUGAGCUCGGAGAUGACCAUCAGCAUGAGGCAGCGACUGGCUGAGCUGCGCCAGCGCCAGCGUGGGGGCAAGCAGCAAGGAUCGUCCUCUCCCCAGAGGGCCGCUGGACCCAACCGGCCUGAGGCCCCCUCGAUGCUGUCUCCCGGACCAGCUCUCUCCUCAGACAGCGACAAGGAGGGAGAAGACGAGGGCACUGAAGAGGAGGAGCUUCCAGCCCUGCCCAUCCUUGCCACGGGCACCAAGAAAGAGCCAGCCUCGGUGCCCAGCCCAGCCCUGCCCCGAAGCCUGUCCCACUGGGAGAUGAGUCGGGCACAGGAGACAGAGGAGUUCCUGGACCCAGCUCCUGACACCAACCAAGGACCCAGAAGGAGGGGGCGCUGGGCUCAGCCAGGCGUGGAGCUGAGUGUUCGCUCUAUGCUGGAUCUGAGGCAGCUGGAGACACUGGCCCCAGGACCUCGGGGCCCUCACCAGGACUCUCCGGCCAUGACCCCUUCAGGUCCUGGAAAGCACAGUCAGCAGGCUCCUGAGACCUCAAGUGUGAGCCAGAAUGAAAAGCUCCCCCGGCCUCAGGCUUCCCAACCCUGUUCCUGCCCCCACAUCAUCCGAUUGUUGUCCCAAGAGGAAGGGCUCUUUGCCCAAGAUCUGGAGCCCGCAUCUAUGGAAGAUGGUAUUGUCUACCCGGAGCCGGGUGAUAGCCCCACCCUGGAUACCAGUGAGUUCCAGGUGCAGGCACCGAGCCGAGGGACCCUGGGAAGAGUGUAUGCAGACGGCAGGGGCUCAGAGAAGCACAGUCCUGACAGUGCGUGCUCUGUGGACUUCAGCAGCAGCCGCCUUUCCAGCCCUGAGCACCCCAAUGAAGACUCUGAGAGCACGGAGCCCCUGAGUGUGGACGGCAUUUCCUCAGACCUUGAAGAGCCAGCCGAGGGUGAUGAGGAAGAAGAGGAAGACGAGGGGGGCACUGGCCCCUAUGAGGUGCAGGAGGGCAGCCCCCAUACUCCAGACCAGGAGCAGUUUCUAAAACAGCACUUUGAGACUCUGGCCAACGGGGCUGCUCCAGGGGGCCCAGUCCGGGUGCCAGAGCGGACCGAGUCUCGGAGCAUCUCUUCACGAUUCCUGUUGCAAGUGCAGAGCCCCCCACUCAGGGAACCGUCCCCAUCUUCCUCAAGCCUGGCAGUGACGUCAAGACUAGCCCAGGGGCUGCAGGCUUCUGGUGAGCAGCCAAGAGGCAUCGGUGCCAAUCCUCCAGGAGCACCCCCAGAGGCGGAGCCUUCCCCCGGAAACCCUGGCCCCCAGCAGGCAGUCCCUGUGCUACUGCCGCGACGCCGUCUCAGCCCGGACAGUGGCUGGUCCCCCAAGAGAGUGGCUGCAGUCGGCCCCACAGGUGGACUCCAGAAAGCCCAGUCGGUGCAGAGUCUGGUACCACAGGAUGAGGCCCCUCCACCAGGCCUGUUGCUCUCACAGGAGAGGGAGGCCCAGGGCUGCCUGCGCUCCUUGCCCCAAGCUGAUCGCCGUCUGUCUCGGCCCCACUCGUACCAGAGCCCCACCACCAGUUCCAUGGCCAAGAUUGCCCGCAGCAUCUCUGUUGGGGAAAACUUGGGUCUGGCUGCUGAACAUCAAGCUCCUGCUCCCAUCCGCAUCUCACCACUCAACAAGCUGGCCCUGCCCAGCCGAGCUCACCUGGUCCUGGAUAUCCCGAAGCCACUGCCUGAUCGUCCCACCUUGGCCACCUUCUCACCUGCUACCAAGGGCCGGGCCCCUGGUGAGGCAGAACAGCCCAGCUGCCCAGCGGGGCUAGGAAAGGCUCACAGUACAGCUGAGAGGCGGGCCUGUUCAGGGGAGGGUGCCACUCCCAAGCCUAGGACAGAGUGCCAGGCUCAGCCUGGGCCCAACAGCCCCCGUGCCCAGCAACUACCAGUCAGCAGCCUCCUCCGAGGCCCUGCGAACGUGCAACCCCUUGAGAAGACUCCUAGCCCUGUGGAAUGUGCCAGGCCAGGGGCAACCCUGAGCCGGGACUCAGAACCAGCAGUGAGCCUGGAGCAGUGUGAGCAGCUCGUGGCUGAGCUCCAGGGCAGUGUGCGCCAGGCCGUGCAGCUCUACCACUUGGUGGCCAGCUGCAAGACACCCUCGGUGGAACAAAGUCGCAUCACCCAGCUCCUCAGAAACACCUUCUCUUCAGUGCGGCAGGAGCUGGAGGCCCUGGCCGGGGCGGUGUUGGCCAGCCCGGGUGGGAGCCCUGGGGCUGUGGGGGCUGAGCAGACACAGGCCCUGCUGGAGCAAUACUCAGAGCUGCUGCUUCGAGCUGUGGAGCGGCGCAUGGAACGCAGACUCUGA